AUGCGAAUUUCACAUAGGCCGCUCACAGCAGUGCUGCCGAUGAUGGGCGUUGUCUUGAUGGCGUUAAAGGGCCAUUCCUUCGUGUUAACGAACUACAGUCUGGAGAAGCAGUCCACCGAAGAGAUUCCGAACUCGCUGGGCCAUUAUCUCUAUUUCAUCGUCGCUCCCACCCUGCUGUACGAACUCGCCUAUCCGCGCACGAAAACCAUCCGUCUGAGCUAUGUCGUGCAGCUGACGGUCCCGAUGCUCAUCUGCUUCGGAUUGAUGUACGUCAUCAUGAUGCAGUUCGUGAACCCGAUUCUGAGCGACACGACGUCCAACAUCAUCUACCGAAUCUUCCGUUGCUCGCUAUCCGCCUUCCUGAUCUGGCUCCUGCUCUUCUUCUCCGUGUUCCACUGCGCGCUCAACCUGCUGGCCGAGCUGACCAUGUUCGGCGACCGCCUGCUCUACGAGGACUGGUGGAACGCCACCACGAUGCUGGAGUUCUGGAAGAAGUGGAACGGGCCCAUUCACUACUGGUGUCUGCGACAUGUCUAUGUCGAGACCCAGGUUUAUGGGAACUGGAGCAAGCCGCUGGCGUCAUUGGCCACGUUUAUGGUCUCCGGAAUCGCGCAUGAACUGGUAUGCUCCGUCGUGUUCCGAAAGCUGUCGCUGUACUUCUUCCUUGGAAUGGUCGUGCAGCUGCCGCUCCAGCUGGUCAGUAAAUACUUCGAGAAUACGCGAGUGGGGAAUAUGAUUAUGUGGGUGUCGUUGUUUUUGGGUCAACCCCUUCUGGAAGUACGGAAUCUGUGGGAGCUGCGAAUGUAG